GAACCUGCGCAGUCACUGAUGACUGAUUUAAAAACGUUGAAAAAUCUUUCCCAGAACAUGGUGUACAUCAGUUGGACAGAUGUUGAGUGGAGAAGACGAGUAUUAAUUUGUUAAUUGCUGCAGCCAUUUUUGAACUCCAAAGAGGAAGAAGAAGAAACAUCAGAGAUCGACAAUGACUAUGACGGUCGCUGCAAGAGUAAUCGCAACAGCUCGAUCAGUGGUUCGAUCGAGCAGGCUUCCUCUUCUAUCUCAAUCUUCUUCGCAGAAAUCUCACUCCCACACUCUUCUCAUUCGUCAGAUGAGCUCGGAGGCGCAGAGCAUUGCUACUCGUCUUCACAGUUCUGGAUUGUUACGAAGCCAAGGCCUCAUUGGAGGGAAGUGGAUUGAUGCUUAUGAUGGGAAGACCAUUAAGGUUCACAAUCCAGCUAAUGGUGAAGUUAUAACCAAUGUUCCGCUCAUGGGUAAAAAGGAGACUGAUGAUGCUAUUUCUUCAGCUUAUGAUGCUUUUAAGUCUUGGAGCAAGCUUACUGCAGCUGAUCGGAGUAAUCGCUUACGCAAAUGGUAUGAGCUCCUAAUGGCCCACAAAGAAGAGAUUGGACAGCUGAUAACCUUAGAGCAAGGCAAACCCUUAAAGGAAGCUGUGGGUGAGACUAACUAUGGAGCUAGCUUUAUUGAGUUCUUUUCCGAGGAAGCAAAACGAGUAUAUGGUGACAUAAUCCAGCCAACUAUAGCUGAUCGUCGAAUUUUGGUCUUGAAGCAGCCAGUUGGAGUUGUUGGUGUUAUUACCCCUUGGAACUUUCCGUUGGCUAUGAUUACACGGAAGGUUGGGCCUGCUCUUGCAUGUGGUUGUACAGUGGUCAUAAAACCCUCUGAGCUUACCCCCUUGACAGCUUUAGCAGCAGCUGAUCUCUCACUUCAAGCUGGAAUACCCCCAGGUGUUGUGAAUGUGGUUAUGGGAGAUGCUCCUGCUAUUGGGGAUGCUAUACUUGCAAGUUCUCAGGUAAGAAAGAUCACUUUUACUGGCUCAACAGCAGUUGGAAAAAAGUUGAUGGCAGGUGCUGCUGGAACUGUUAAAAGGGUGUCCUUUGAACUUGGUGGUAAUGCCCCUUGCAUAAUAUUUGAUGAUGCAGAUGUGGAUGUUGCAGUAAAAGGAGCUAUUGCAGCAAAGUUCCGGAAUAGUGGACAGACUUGUGUUUGUGCCAAUAGAAUUCUUGUUCAAGAAGGAAUAUACGAGAAAUUUACAAAUGCUUUCUCAAAAGCCGUGCAAAAUCUGCAAGUUGGUGAUGGGUUUGGUGAAGGUGUAGCUCAGGGUCCUUUAAUUAAUGAAGCUGCCGUGCAGAAGGUUGAGAAAUUUCUUCAAGAUGCCACCACAAAGGGAGCCAAAGUUCUUCUUGGUGGUAAAAGACACAGACUUGGGAUGACAUUUUUUGAGCCAACAGUUCUUGCUGACGUAAAUAGUGACAUGCUUGUAUCCAGGGAGGAAGUAUUUGGUCCCGUGGCACCCUUGCUGCCAUUCAAAACAGAGGAGGAAGCAAUUGCUCUCGCUAAUGACACCAAUGCAGGAUUAGCUGCUUACAUAUUCACAAACAAUAUUCAACGUUCAUGGAGAGUGACUGAAGCUCUUGAAUAUGGAAUGGUUGGUGUUAAUGAAGGUCUAAUUUCUACAGAGGUGGCUCCAUUUGGUGGCGUUAAACAGUCGGGCCUUGGAAGGGAAGGGUCAAAAUAUGGGAUGGACGAAUAUCUUGAGCUGAAAUAUGUUUGCUUGGGGAAUAUGGACCGCCCCUGAUGAGCAAGGAACCUAUCUGUCAGGGAAUAAUGGGCUUGGGCUUCUUCUUGGGCCCAGUGACCAAAAUAAAAACAUGGAGGCCCAUAAGUCAAAAUUCGUUUCCGUUUUUUCCCCUUCAUUGUAAAAGAAUAAUAAUGCAAGCUCGUUUGAGGAAAUAAAUAAUAUUUUGAUGUUAUUGAGUGUUUCCUCCUCA